AUGAUUUUGAAGCAGAUUAUUGUUUAUUCCGGUUGUCUUGAAAAGGAGGUUUUGGUUUACUGUUCUCGUAAGCACCACGUGAGCACUGGUCUGUCAGCUCUAUCUGCCUCUCGUCUGAGCAACGUUCACCUACACCAGGAAGAUAAGGAAUUACUAGUAGUAAAUGAAGGGAAAAAUUCCGAUGGCUACAAAGAUUAUGUAGUUAGAGCUUGGCUGCCGAGGAAAAUCCAACAGCGAUAUAAACCUUUCACUGGGGGAUUCGGUAAAACACUCCCCAGAAACAAUCCUCCUACUCAGGUCCCCUCGAAACAGAUAUCGAUUGGAACAAGACGUAUGUAUAACAAAACAUCCCAUAAUAACAGAGUAGCGUCUCGAAAUAAAAGGAGUUAUAAGAAACGGUUCCUUCUGAAACAGGAAGAAACGGAAAACUUUCCAAAAUCGAGACUUCCUCAAGCGUUGAUAAUCGGAGUAAAGAAAUGCGGAACGCGAGCAUUACUAGAAUUUCUCCGACUUCACCCGAACGUCCGAGCACCCGGUCCCGAAGUUCACUUCUUCGACAAGUUUUACCACCUGGGGUUAGAGUGGUACAGACAACAGAUGCCACCGACGUUGAAAGAUCAGCUGACCAUUGAGAAGACACCGAGUUAUUUUAUUGGUAAACAGGUACCGGUCAGAGUUCACAACAUGUCACGUGAUAUGAAGUUACUACUAGUGGUGCGUGACCCUGUGACUCGUGCCAUUUCUGAUUAUACACAGACGGUGACGAAAUGGCCUCAAACUCCUUUCUUUGAGAAGAUGGCUUUUCUGAACGCUUCGACUGGACUGAUAGACACAGCAUGGCCACCUAUCGGUAUAGGAGUGUACGUCCGCUACUUCCUGCUAUGGAACCACGUCUUUCCUCCCCGCCAGAUCCACGUGGUUAGUGGGGAGAACUUGAUAAAAAACCCUGGCAGAGAGAUGACGAGGGUACAAGAUUUUUUGGGUUUGCCUCGUAUCGUGAGCGACCACCAUUUUUACUUCAACCAAACCAAAGGCUUCCCUUGUGUUAAAAAAUCAGAAAACAAAGGCGUCCCUCAUUGUUUGGGGAAAACGAAGGGUCGAACUCAUCCCGAUAUUGCCCCAGAAACCAUUGACAGAUUACGAGACUUUUAUCGACCUUUCAACCAAAAGUUUUUCCAAAUAGUUGGGAGGGACUUCAUGUGGCAUUGA